AUGAGAGAUCAAAGACGUAGCGAAAACACGCUGAACAGACCUUCGUCGGCCACACCAGCACCUCGAGAAGUGUACGUUUUUCCACAUCCAUUCCACCAACAUCAUUUAGUGAUGGCUUACCCUCAUCCUUGCAUUUCAGAUUGGAGUGAAUGGUUGAAUGAGAGCACGCAAGAGCUCGAUUCAUUCCUCCUUCCGUUACAGUAGACGACAACUCUUGGAUCUUAG